AUGUUUCGGCAGCAGGUACCUUCUCACGAGGACAUAUGCCCUCAGGUUCCUGCGCUCACACCAAGCAACUCGACAUUGCUUCAGCUCUUGGACGACGUCUAUAGUUCAGAUGACUUCAAACUCUACGCCUAUGAGUCACUCGGUGGUUCGGUCAGAAUACCUACCGUAACAUAUGACGACCUGGGAUCUCCUGAAGAGGACCAUCGGUGGGAGAUUCAUUCCCAACUCCACGAUUAUCUUGUGUCGCGCUUCCCGCUAUCUCAUGAGGUGUUGCAACGUACGAAAGUUGCUAGAUAUGCCCUCGUGUAUAAGUGGCAGGGUACCGAUGACAGCUUGAAGCCUCUCGUUAUAGCCGGCCACAUGGAUGUUGUUCCUGUAGAUCCUGCGACAGAAGAUGAAUGGAUUUACCCGCCUUUCUCGGGGCACUACGAUGGCGAGUGGAUCUGGGGAAGGGGAAGCUCGGACGAUAAGCCCAACGUCAUCGGCAGUUUAACCGCCAUCGAGGCUUUGCUCGAGCAAGCAUUUCAACCGACAAGGACCGUAUUACUUGCAUUCGGUAUAGAUGAAGAACGGGGAGGAAUAACGGGUGCUAGCGCUAUAGGACAAUACCUUCUCGAAACCUUUGGGGAAAACUCUCUAGCAAUGAUUGUUGACGAAGGAGGUGGGUAUUCCGACCAUGCUGGGACAAUAUUUGCAUCGCCCGCGGUCGCAGAAAAGGGAUACGUUGACGUGCGUGUUGACGUCUCCACACCUGGCGGGCAUUCAAGCAGACCUCCGAGGCAUACUGGUAUCGGUAUACUCGCUAACCUGGUCACUGGGCUCGAGGAGAAUCCUCAUGACGCUAGGCUUGUGCGCGAGAGGACUUACUAUCAAAGUUUACUUUGUCUUGUUCAAUAUGACCGCUCGACUUCUCCUGAUCUUCGUGCCCUCGUUUACGCAUCUCAAGGUAGCGAUGCCAAACUUCACGAGCUUGAGGCCAAGUUAUCAGAAACCGCACCGGAUUAUUUCGCACAGGCAGGCACAACCCAGGCUGUAGACCUGAUCGGUGGAGGCGUCAAGGUUAAUGCCUUACCGGAGGCGGUAUGGGCCAUUAUAAACCACCGAAUUGCUGACUACAGUUCUGUGCUGGAGGUCCAAGAGCACUUUGCCGGAAUAAUUAAGCCAGUGGCAGAAAAGUACAACAUGUCCGUGGAUGCCUUUGGCCGUGAAAUCAGAUUGGAUAGAGACACCACAUGGGGCCACAUCCAGCUGUCUGAGGCGUUUGGAAGCGGGCUCGAGCCGGCACCAGUCACUCCUACUACCAACAGCGAAGCCUAUGAGCUCCUCUCAGGGACAAUCUUAUCAACAAUAAGGACCAAUAUACGCGCGAAUACCUCACGGCGGACUAAAGAUGUCAUUGUCUCUCCGGCUCUCUCCCUUGGUAGGCAUAUUGACACUCGCCAUUAUUGGAGGCUGACCAGGCACAUUUUCCGUUAUGGACACCGAGGGUCUUCGGACUCCUAUAACGGUGCACACACAGUGAAUGAAGCAGUCCGCGGCGAGGGUCUUAUAGAGCAAAUUCGUUUCUAUACACAACUGAUCUUGAAUGCCAACGAAUCUGACCUUGACUGA